UUUUACUGUUUGAAGGCCUUAUGGUGACCAAUCGUUGUUUGCAACUAUGGUUGAUAGGUGUCUUAUUGGCAACCAUACCACAUCUCCAUAUCUGUGCAUAUUGUCGAAAAUUUAUACGUAACAAUAGACAUCGUUAUAAUUUAUACUUUUUGAUUUUGAUAAUAUAUAAUUCUAAUUUAACAUUGUAUGAAAAUACAAAAAAAUGGAAAAGUAUACAAUUCGUCGAAUGUUACCAGGGGACUGUGAAGAUAUUCUUUCAGCAAUAAAGGAAUUAGCUAAAGCUCUAAAAGCUGAAGAUCAAGUUAUGAUCAGUGAAGAAAUUCUUCUUAGGGACGGAUUUGGAGAGAAACGUCUUUUUGAUUGCUUUGUUGCAGAAUUUGAUAAUGCCAUAGUUGGUUAUGUAAUGUACUUUACCAUAUAUUCAUCGUGGGUAGGAAAAAAGGCAUUCAUGGAAGACUUAUAUGUGAAACCUGAACACCAGCGACAUGGGGUUGGUACCAGACUGUGGAGAACAGCAGUGAAGGAAGCUCUAAAAGACGGUUGUAAUCAAAUGGAAUGGGGAGCGUGUAGCUGGAAUACAGCCGCAAUUGAGUUUUACAAACGAAAAGGUGCUAUAAACAUUACUGACAUUGAACAGUUUCAUACCUACAGACUAUCAUAUGAAAAUAUGCAUAAGUUUGUCAAUUCUGGAGAACAAAUGGGAGAUUCAGAUGGUGAAAGAUGAACUCAUGUACACUCAACGUAGACAAUUGUAUUCAUUGUUAAACAGGAGAAGAAGAA